AUGGCAGAAAGUUUAGAAAAUGUGCCGAAAAUCGAGCAUCCUCUCUGCGAUGACAUAGCACAUCUUGGUGUUGCUCCGGAACAAGAAGGAAAAGCAAAGGCGGCUUUUGUUGAUGUACCCGUGACGCUGGAUCCCCACUAUGAUAGAGCGCUGGAAGAGCCAUACCUUCUUCAAAUAUUUUCAUCCUUAGAAAUAUUAGGGGAAGGGUAUUUUGGAACGGUGUAUAAAGCUCGACAUAAAUUUGAUAAUAAGACCUACGCUGUCAAAAAGUUGAAAUCGGAGAAAAUUUCUGACGCGGAAAAGUUGAAGGAAAUUAGAAAUUUCGAAAAAGUGGGGUGCCACCCCCACAUCGUGAACUACAUAAUGGGAUGGGAAGAAGGAGCCGAGAUAUACCUCAUGAUGCAGGUAUCCCAGACGAGUCUGGCAAACUACAUUAAAAUAACUAAUGAUGUGCCAGAAUUCGUCUUUUGGGACUGCAUCCAUGAUGUAUGUCUCGCGUCGAUGUACAUGGCAGAAAAACGUUUGGUGCAUUAUGACGUAAAGGAUGACAACAUCCUAAUUCACAGAAAGCAUUUCAAACUGGCCGAUUUCGGCACAGUUGUCGAGAUAAAAGAGGAUAUGCUGGAUGAAAAGUGUCUUGUUGGUGAUCGGUGGAUUUCCAGAACUCAUGAGGUAACCAUACAUAAAACACAGCAGCGCAGCAAAAGUACAUCUAACCUCAAUGACAAUGAUGGACUUUGGCAAGUUUCAUGUGAUUCACUCAACGCCGUGGAGUUGGGUAGAAUUCUUUUUUGUGGUUCUAGCGACAUCUAUUGA